AUGUCGCUCUCCGAGGGAGUGUAUAAUUCGACGAUCACUGCGAAUCUCAACCACAGCAACUUCAUAAUCGAUAGAGACAGGAAGGAGUGGGGAGAACCUUUCGUCAUGUCAAUGGUCAUCUUCAUCCUCACCGUCCUGCUGGGCGUCCCGGGCAACGGCGCAGUCAUCUGGGCGUCGGGCUUCAAAAUGAAGAGAACGGUCCACACCGUGUGCUACCUGAACCUGGCUGCGGCCGACCUGAUGUAUUGCCUGAGUCUCCCCUCCCGCAUGGUCGACAUCGUGCUCCACUCUGAGGACGCUGAUAAUUUCCCUUCGGAAUUCUUUGCAUCAAUUAUGUUCCUAAACGGUUUUGCCAGCAUCUAUCUGUUAUGUCUGAUCAGCAUCUACCGCUGCCUGGCUAUUACUCGGCCCAUCUGGUUCCGGCAACAUGUGAGCCUCGCAUGGGUACGUGCGACCUGCUUCGUGGUCUGGGUGAUAAGUGUCAUGUGCCUGCCAGUAUUCAUCAUCAGGAAUCUUUUCAAGACGAGGCUAGUUUUGGCUGCCUUAGGCUUCGGCCCCCCCUUUCUGAUUAUGAUCACUUGUUACGCCGUCGUUGGCUGGAGGCUGCAAGGAGACAGGUUCCCUAAGUCCAGGAAUCCCAUACGCCUGAUCAUGAUCGCGGUCGCCGCCUUUGUGAUCUGCUGGCUCCCCUUCUGUCUCUGCGCCCUCCUACUAAUCGGAAUUAUUCUUUCGGACUGGUACAGAUUCACUCAAGCCCUGACCUCAUUCAACAGCGCGGUCAACCCUCUUGUCUACGUCUUCGCCGGAAGCAACUUCCGUCAGGUCUUCAAGCGCUCCCUGCUUGCCUCGCUCCAGCAGGCCUUCACUGAGCAGGAGCUACAGGGUGAGACCCCGAACCGCAAUCCCACCUCAGAUAGAAAUGUCUGA